CUUGACAUUUAAAAACUAUACAAAAUGAAAAUUAUAGACUGACUGGUAUGAUACACUUAUUUCUUACUUCAUUUGAACUUUAUUUUAAAAAUACAUCUUAUAUGAAGGACUGAGUCAUAACUUUAUUUAGCACAGUAUUUUAGAAAUUAAGAAUAAUAUUGAGAAUUUGGGUAAACAUCUGAUGUGUGGGCUCGUUAUCUAAUUCCUGUUGGAAGGAAACAGAAAUAUCUGAACUUAUCUGUACGAGAUAAUGAAGAUGAUGAAGAUAAUAUGUCCCUUUUCUUGGAUGCUAUCUUCACAGCCUCCAAAUCGGGGAACGUUAUCUAUAAUCUACCUUGAUACCACUUUGUUAAUCUAUAUAUUUCUUAUUUCCUUCGGCUUCGUUAUGGCGCUUUCUACUUCUUUAAUAAGGUUUUAUGGAUCCUUCACCUUGAAAGUUUCGAAUGUCCACAUACCAAGACUUUUGCAACCGUAGUGUAUUUUGUUUAAUCCUCUUCUUCGUCAUAGAAGCCACAGCUCAAAUCCUAAAUGUUCCCUUUAUAUUUAUAUCUUAGCUCCCACAUGUUUAGUCUGGUCUUCGUCAUUAUUACUGGGAACCUCAGAUCAGUCGCUUUAGUUUUGAUAUCUAUAGUGUUUUCAAUUUCCUUUCAUUUCAUUGUUAAGCUCUAUAGUUCUGUAAAUUGUUUUACUGUUUUACAUUAAUUCCGUACUUCUUGCAUAUAUCUAUUACUCUCUCCCAUGCAGUCUUUAUGGGGUUUCCUUAUUAUAUUUUUCUAAUUGGCCAGAUGCAACACCUGGUUCAGCUAUUGGCUCUCAGUAAGGCGUAGUAGGUGUCAUGCGUUCGUUCAAGCGAGCCUUUCACGAUUCUGUACUGUGUCCCUCAGAAGUCUUUCGCCGCGUUUUCCUUUAUCCUUCCUUAGAUUACAACAUUGACAAAAAUAAUAAGAAUGAUCAAAGUAUCAAAUAGUUUUAUUCAAGAAUCAUAUUUCCCGCUGUACCGUAAUCUCACACGCCAUGAUUUCCACUUUUCCUCCCUUUUUCGCAAGUUUAGUUUACGAUCACCAUACUCAGUUUCCUAAAGUACUUGUUUGCUGUUGUAUUACACCAUUUCUUCCUCUAACUUUCGCUUGUUUCUCCUCUUCUCUUAUUUUCUAUAACUUCUGACUUCUCUGCCUUUGAGCUGGAGUUUUUUUUUUUUUCUUCUUAAGACCGACAAGCUAUGACCGUUGUCUUUUUACCCUUCAGUCUCCACGUCUCACAUAAUUGUGAGGCUUCUUUGGAGUACUGUUGGUACCUUGUCAAAAACGGCUGGGUAUAUGGUCCAAAUAUUGUGCGUUAUAUAAAUCAUCCUUGUAUUUCAAUUUUUUAUGAUUUUCCUGCUGGAGUAUUUACGACUGCCCUUCUCUCCAUAAUUUUUCAGCAAAAGAAUUAUAAAAUCUAAUCUGCUAUAAUGAAAAGGACCGAGGGCAAGAAUCAAUAAACAUACGACGUCAGUGUGUGAUUAUGAAUCAGGACCUACGAAAUCAUCUACAGCAGAUAGCUAAGCAACCAUCCAAAGCAGUUCCUCUUCCUGAGUACGAAGCCAAGUUUGUCUUAGAUAUCUGCAAACAACUUUGCUUCGUAGAAUUAUAAAGAAUUGAUAUUGAUCCUUCUGCGCGCUGCUCCUAGGGAGUAUAGGCAUUCGACGCAAGGUUUGCAGUCGUCAUUUGUGGCUUGACCUAGUCUCAAGUAAGACGGGGCACUGACAUUCGGAAGGCACAGGGAACCGACCUUCUGACCGUCUGCAUAGCUUGUUUGUAAAGGCCUAUGACUAGAAUCUGUAGGCGCCGCCACUCCGAAUGGUACCACCAGAGUCUACACCUGGGUUAUUGCCUGCUAUGGUUGGCAGCAAUAACAGCAAAUGUGACCUGUGGUACCUUUGCAAGUUCCCAUUGGAGGGUUGGUCGUCUCAACAGUGACGUCAUUAAAAUGACCUCGGCAGACCACGGACCAGUUUCCUGCAUAAUGGCUUGCCAUGACCACAACAACAAGGAAAGUGAAACAUGCAAGGGCUUUAAUUUCAAUAAACUGGAAAAUUCUUGUGAACUUCUUUCAUCUUCCAUAUGUGAAAACGACACAUUGCAGCUAAAUAAAAAUGACACAUCAUGGCGAUACUAUGAAGUUUUGGAUCUGCAGGAGGACCACUCUAUUUUCCAGGACAAGGCCUCUUGCACUCAGGAAGGAAAGUGUGCUGCUAAUUGUGCGCGUUCUUUAAACGAGAGUUGUACGAACGAUGAUCAGUGUCAAGUGAACGUCGAUUACAGUUAUUGUACAGCAAGUACUUCAGUGUCUCCAGGAAUUUGUAGCUGUAUCUAUAACCAGUCUUGGGCCUAUAACUCUGCGCUGUGCAUUCACAAGAUAAGUUUCAGUGGUUUUACAUGGACUCCGCUGUACAAAAAGAUUGUCAAUGAAAUGUGCGAGGUGAACAUUACGGUUAAUUCGAAUCCUGACCUUUACAUAGUCCUUACUGAUACCAUUGAUCAUCGACCGACUAUGGCUUACUACCAGUUACGAGUUGGACACACCUCAAAUACGGCAACUACUCUUAAAAAAAAUGGAGCCGUACUUGUGACCAUUUCUUCUCCUGGGAUUAUCACUGGCAACUUCCAGAACUUCUCACUUGGGUGGUGCAACGGAACUAUAACGUUUGGUCACCAGGAUGAAGAUCCACUUAUAGUCUGGAAUGAUUCAGCUCCCUUACAAGUCAGAGGAAUGGGAUUCUACGCUCCAUCAAAUGAAGAUAUGAAGGCAAAUCACCUCUUCAUCCCACACAACAUAGUUGAUCCGUAUUUCCCCACGACCAUGGCAACUGGUGCUAUUCGCGUGAAUGGAAUGGACUGGCACACGGUAAAGAUCCUGCCCGACUGCAGCGUAGCAUCAAACAUCGAGUUCGUCUUCGAGUACAAGGGACCGAACCCCAUGCAAGUGCUGUUUGCCAAGCUGACCGAUCAGAGUUUCAAAUAUCAGAUAGCUUUCGGCAGAGCGAGCAACAAUGAGACGGCAGUUUACAACAAACGUUUAAACCAGUGGUUCGGCACCGCCUCCACUCCGUCAAUCGUUUCUGGCGCUGCUUUCAAACCCUACUGGAUUAAGAUCAAUGGAGCGACUGUCACGUUUCUUCGCAGAGCCGGAGUAGGUAACGACCCAACGCCCCUGAUGAGCUACACGGACGCAGAGAGCACACCUGAGUUCACUCACGUCAGCGUCCAGAGCUCGGGUGGGAAUCUAGGAUUCUUCAAGGUACACAGUCAUCGGCAGUUUCACGAUCAUCCGAAUGGAGCUUACGUUGUCCAGGGUUGCAAUUGAUUGAUAGUGAAGGUCGCGUGCAUGCUGGGUCACUGGAAGAUCAUUUCUUUAUUGAUGGAAUGACAUGACUUUGGUCUAUUUGGUUUCAAAUCUUGUGGAAAUCUUAAUUAAGCUAAAUAUAUUGGUCUAAAAUGC